CGUGCGGCGCCGGAUUGGGCGCUUCGAAGGGCGGGCGGCGGUUGGCGGGGCGCGCGGCGGGCGCCAAGGCGCGGCGGGCGGCUCCACGGGCGGCUCCACGGGCGGCUCCCUUGGCCUCCGCGCCCGGCGCCUGAGGCGCGGCCGGUGAGUGGGGCCGCUUGCUGGCCGGGGGCCGCGGCCUUUCCUCCUUCCCGCUCCGGCGGGGCGGCCUGAGGCCCUCACGUGCUGGCCGGGCCCCCCUCAGCGGGGCUGGAAGCGGGCUCGCGGCCUGGGGUGGCCGCUUGCUCCCCCUCGCUCUCAGGGACUUGCGGCUGAGCCCUCAGCCCCGGGAGACGCGAAUUCCUGUCAGCACCGCGCUUAACUGCUGCGCCAGCCGUGCCCAGACACACCUCCGUACGCCUUACAAAGCCGAGAAAUCUGAGCCUGCCUGUGCUGAGGUCUCUUAACGCUCCUGCUUCUCAGGCGGCUCCGUCAUGGACGAGACUGUUGCUGAGUACAUCAGGAGGACCGUGCUCAAAAUCCCCCGUGAUGAGAUCAGGACCAUGCUGCAGACCUGGGGCUUUCUCUCUGAGGCGCAGCUGCAAACCUUAAACUUCCAUCAGACGAAAGACAACGUUUCUCAAGAUGUUGUCCAGCUCUGCGAGGAUAAUUCUGCAGACAUAAAGCAAGCAGCAGUCCUGGACAUAAUUUACAACCACAUCUAUCCAAACAAAAGAAUAUGGAGUGUUUACCAGAUGAACAAAACAGGGGAAGAAAUGGACUUUUUUGACUUAACAGAUUUCAAAAAAAAAUUUAAAAGAAGACUUCGGUCAGCUCUGAAAAACGUUACCAUCAACUUUAGAGAAUAUGAGGAUAAUGCAAUCUGGAUUAGAAUUGCUUGGGGAACACCAUAUAAAAAACCAAACCAAUACAAAACCAGCUAUGUUGUGUACCAUUCACAGACACCCUACGUCUUCAUCUCUGCCUCAGUGCUUAGGAGCACCUUACCUCUGCUAUGCCAGGCACUGGUUGUUGCUUCCAAUUACCAUGACAUCCGUGAAAUGGAGCUUCGAAGUCAUUGCUUAAACUCCCUUAAAGAUAUUGUGUUUAGGAGAUACAGCCAGACCUUCCAAACUUAUUAUCCAAAACCUCUACAAGAAAGGAAUAUAGCCCCAGAGAAUGUGGAUUUAAGGAUAAUUCAAGAAAACAGAAAUGAAAAAGAAAGAAUACAGAGAGUGAAUCGGGAAGUUUUUGGUGAUGGUCCCCAACCAAAACUUGAAUUUGCACAAUAUAAGCUUGAGACAAUGUUUAAAAGUAAUCCUAAAAUGGAUGUCUUGGAUAUAAAAGAGCCAUUCAGAUGUCUGGUCAAGUUUUCUAGUCCACAUCUUCUAGAAUCACUGAAAUCCUUGGCACCAGCAGGUCUGGCUGAUGCACCACUUUCAUCACUACUUACAUGUAUACCACAAAAAGCAAGGAAUUAUUUUAAAAUUAGAGAGAGGAAAGGUUUCUUCCCAGGAAGCUUUGUAAGCCCUUAAUUUAAGAGUGAUUUAUAGAAAAAUAUAGAGCUCAUUUAUUACUGAUAUUAAUCUAAAUCAUAAUAAAGGUUAAAACAUUUUUUAAUUAACUUAUUCUUUGAUAAUCUCUUAAACUUCUUCAAUGUAAAGCUUUUUUGAAUUGUCUUUCCCCAUUAGUCUUUAAAAAGUUAAUCCUUAGAUAAUGUAAAUAAAAAGCUAUUAGGAAGUUUAAACAACGUCUGGCAGUGAUCGUGAUUUUUUUUUUAAUGUAAUGAUUGCUCUUAACUGUAUUUUUAAUAGUAUAUGUGAAGUUAAAGCUAGCUAAGCCUAAUCUAGAUACACCAGGACAUCUCCAGUUGUUUAGUUUACUGUCACGACUAAGAUAUUCUAGAUAGCCUUUUUUCUUAGGCUCCAGCUCAGCAGUGUAAUAGAGUGUGUGCCCCAUUUCGACCAUGUGAAUAGUCCCAUUCAAACAAGGGAACCGACCCGUUUGCCUCAGGUCAGGCACGUUGUGAGCUUGGCAGAAGAAGAUUCCACUCUGAGGCCGUUGCAGACAAGUGGGGGAAAGGAGACAGGACUCUUGAAAUGCAGAUGUCAAUAAGAAGUUUCCAUCCAGCUAUACUGGACGUUGUUUCAGAUCCAGUGUCUUUGGCUGAGUGCAAUAUUCAAGAACAAAUAUUUAUAUAAAAAGCCAAAUUCUAUUUUUUCUAUCUGUUUGUAUCUUAUGAAAUUUUACCCUAGAGGAAUACAAUGAAAUUGGCAAUAACUUUGUUUUGAGGAAGCUGUGUCUUAGAAUGUGUACUUCAUUAAAGAUUUCAUCCUUCUGCAAUCCUUGCGCAUUAGUACUUCAUUUAACUUGUGGACAUAAAGAUGGCAGAAUCAAGAUGGCAAUGUUGACUAAUGCAAACAUUAGCUCUGCGGUGGAGUUCUUUAGAAGUAACAAUUGAAUAGAUCUUUUAUGUAACUUUCUACAUCACUUUUAAUUUAAGAGAUGGAUUUAGUUUCAAGAUUCAGUUAUACUGUACUUUUUCUUAAAUUCUUUUACCUAGAAACUUAUUAUACCUGUAGCUUGUGUAUAUGAGGUUUUUUUUAGAUAUGUCAAUAUGCAAAGACAGUCUUUUGAAAAACUUUAUUACACAAUGUACCUAUUUUGACGGGUUGUAUGGGACUGUUUUUCAAACCAUAAAUAAAUGUGUAAAUUAAGUCUU